AUGGAAAAAGAAAGUCAAAGACGGUUGGUGAUAAACGAAAGGGCAAGCGGAGGUCGUGCGGAUAAGAGUUGGCAGCAGAGACCCAGGCUCCAGACCGCCGCCAUCGAUGGGCUACAACAUACAUCUGUCUGCCCUUAUUUAUGCCUGCAGCAAAAAGUUGUGACGUGGAGCGGGAAUGAGUAUGAUUGGUGGAGAGCUCUGAUUGGUGGAGAGCCCUCUGAUUGCAGGGAACUCGCAAUCAUAACCCUAGAAUGGGGGUAUCAUUUGGGUGGAAAGGGUGAAUUUACGCCUGCAUGGAAACGUACCGUGGAAUGUUGUGAAGUCAUACCAAUUGAAUUGAUGACUCGCCAAUGGCUAUCCAUGAACAUCACACAUAGACAAAAUUCUUCUAUCGUUGGCUCAUGUCCUCUACCUACUUGCCUACUCGUAUGGUGCUUGUUGGCCAAAAGCUGUAUGAUGAAGCUUCGACAUCAUCCUGACGGACGUGACGAAGAAGUGGCUCAUCUGCGUGUCGCUCUUCAAGGUGAUGGUUGGCCAACGACUCUCAAUUUUGCGCAGGGGCUGUAUGAUGGGGCGUGCAUCGUCAUCAAGGGCUGUAUGACAGGGCGUCGUCGUCAUCCUUAUGGACAUGAAGAUGAGGAAGCGGGGGGAGAUAUGUGUGUGGUUGGAGACGCUUGUUGGAGAUGCUUGUUGAAGACACUGGUAUGUGGAGGAGGUGGCCUAGAAGUGGGAUAUUGGAUGAGCUUCAUUGAGACUUGGGUCGCUGAAAGGUAUGUUUUAAGAACUCUGAGCAAUCACAUUGAGAAGGAGGCGGCGGACCGCCAUCUGCCGCUUGAUUCAUCAACCUCAACAACUGCUGGCGAUGUUCUCUCCAAGUUACCUACUGUCCGUCACAGAGCACAAUCACACACCGAGGACACUGGUUAUUCUGAUUCAUCCCGCCCUACUAAACGACCUCGCCGUUCUACAAUACACACACGCAGUGGACCACCGGGCGAGCCGCCUGACCCUGGGUUUGAUCGUGAUCGACCUCGUUUUGCAAAUGACGAUUCGUGCUGCUGCCGUGCCGCUGUCUGUGGUGAUGAUCUUCUGCGCAUUGAUGGUGGAGAGGAGGAGGAGGAGGAGGAGGAGGAGGAGGAGGAGGAGGAGGCAGAGAUGGAGGAAGGUGGAGUAGUAAUUUGGCGAGAGCAAGUGCCAGGAGAGGUUUAUGGCGUCACCGUCAAUACAAUGACCCCAAGAUCACAUACUCCAUGUGUGGAGGACGAGUCGCUGAUUUCGGUUGUAGUUCGAUGCCGAGGAAUCAUAAGUAAGGACGUUCGUGCCAACUUCCUCGUCAUGAUGAACUAUAUGACGCUCGUCUGCAAGUGCCAAAGCAUACGCCUCAAGACUGGUCUACGCUUGAAAGCAAUAUAUGACCAGGAAAUCAAGCUUUACG